GCGCAGCGGUGGCCGAGCCAUGGUUUCCAAACUGAGCCAGCUGCAGACAGAGCUCCUGGCGGCCCUGCUCGAGUCGGGCCUGAGCAAAGAGGCGCUGAUCCAGGCCUUGGGCGAGCCGGGACCCUACCUGCUGGCCGGAGACGGCCCCCUGGACAAGGGCGAGAGCUGUGUCGGGACUCGAGGGGAGCUGGCUGAGCUGCCCAAUGGACUGGGGGAAACGCGGGGCUCCGAGGACGAGACGGACGACGAUGGCGAAGACUUCACACCACCCAUCCUCAAGGAGCUGGAGAACCUCAGCCCCGAGGAGGCGGCCCACCAGAAAGCCGUGGUGGAGACCCUGCUGCAGGAGGACCCAUGGCGCGUGGCAAAGAUGGUCAAGUCCUACCUGCAGCAGCACAACAUCCCACAGCGGGAGGUGGUCGACACCACCGGCCUCAACCAGUCCCACCUGUCCCAGCACCUCAACAAGGGGACGCCCAUGAAGACGCAGAAGCGCGCCGCCCUGUACACCUGGUACGUCCGCAAGCAGCGAGAGGUGGCGCAGCAGUUCACCCAUGCAGGGCAGGGUGGGCUGAUCGAAGAGCCCACUGGCGAUGAGCUGCCUGCCAAGAAGGGGCGGAGGAACCGUUUCAAGUGGGGUCCAGCCUCCCAGCAGAUCCUGUUCCAGGCCUAUGAGAGGCAGAAGAACCCCAGCAAGGAGGAGCGAGAGACCUUGGUGGAGGAGUGCAAUCGGGCAGAGUGCAUCCAGAGAGGGGUGUCACCAUCACAGGCUCAGGGGCUGGGCUCCAACCUCGUCACGGAGGUGCGUGUCUACAACUGGUUUGCCAACCGGCGCAAGGAAGAAGCUUUUCGGCACAAGCUGGCCAUGGACACAUACAGCGGGCCGCCCCCGGGGCCGGGCCCAGGGCCUGGGCUGCCGGCCCACAGCUCCCCUGGCCUGCCGCCAUCAGCUCUGUCCCCCAGUAAGGUCCACGGUGUGCGCUACGGACAGCCUGUGGCCAGCGAGGCGGCAGAGGUGCCCUCGAGCAGUGGCGGUCCCUUAGUGACAGUGUCUACACCCCUGCACCAAGUGUCCCCCACGGGCCUGGAGCCCAGCCACAGCCUGCUGAGCACCGAAGCCAAGCUGGUCUCAGCAACUGGGGGCCCCCUGCCCCCCGUCAGCACCCUGACAGCCCUGCAUAGCUUGGAACAGACAUCCCCAGGCCUCAACCAGCAGCCCCAGAACCUCAUCAUGGCCUCGCUGCCUGGCGUCAUGACCAUCGGGCCCGGUGAGCCUGCCUCUCUGGGCCCCACAUUCAGCAACACAGGUGCCUCCACCCUGGUUAUUGGCCUGGCCUCCACUCAGGCCCAGAGUGUGCCCGUCAUCAACAGCAUGGGCAGCAGCCUGACCACCCUGCAGCCGGUCCAGUUCUCCCAACCGCUGCACCCUUCUUACCAGCAGCCUCUCAUGCCACCCGUGCAGAGCCACGUAGCCCAGAGCCCUUUCAUGGCGACCAUGGCUCAGCUGCAGAGCCCCCACGCCCUCUACAGCCACAAGCCCGAGGUGGCCCAGUACGCGCACACCGGGCUACUUCAGCAGACCAUGCUCAUCACCGACACCACCAACCUGAGUGCCCUCGCCAGCCUCACACCCGCCAAGCAGGUAAGGGCCAGGCCUGCCCGGCCUCUCCAGUCCCAUGCAAGCCUCCCACUUCAUGACCCAGGGGCUCAGGGGGCUGCUGUGGUUCUCCAGGUCUUCACCCCAGACACCGAGGCCUCCAGUGAGUCGGGACUUCAUGCGCCGGUGUCCCCGGCCACCACCAUCCACAUCCCCAGCCAGGACCCUGGUGGCAUCCAGCACCUGCAGCCUGCCCACCGGCUCAGCGCCAGCCCCACAGUGUCCUCCAGCAGCCUCGUGUUGUACCAGAGCUCCGACUCCACCAACGGCCACAGCCACCUACUGCCAUCCAGCCACAGUGUCAUCGAGACCUUCAUCUCCACACAGAUGGCUUCCUCCUCCCAGUAA